AAGCAAAACGCAAGAGGGCAAGAAACCUCUGGAUCGCUUUGCCCCUUGCGUCAGGAGAGCCGGAUCCUUGGGGUUUUACGGCGGCCGAGCUGGGAGCGGAAGGCAGGGCUGCCGUCCCUUCCCUUCUGGGGACCGGUAGGAAGGAUUUCAUAGGAUCUUCCCCUGCCGAAGCCGCAGCGAGCGCCGCGCGAGUUCCCGCCUCCUGCCUUCGCUCAUUCAUUCCCGCCGCCGCCAGCAGCUGCUGCUCCAUUAUGAGCGGCUCCUUCCUGGUUCCUCGUUGCCAGACGCGCGACUUGGACGGCGAGCCUGAGGCGGCGGGAGCCGGGAAGAGGAGGCGGCAGCAGGAGAAGCCCGGCGAGAAGCCCUCCUUCCCCGCGCCCGGCGCCUCUCGGGGUUCCUGCGCCGCGUAAAGAAGGAAACCCAAACAACCCGCGACGGUCAAUGUUGCUAUGAGGAAAGAAGUCAGAGAUGACUGAUGUGGAGCCUGUGGUCACAGAUUUUGCAGCCUCUGGACGGGCCGGUCGCCGAAAUGCCUUACCAGACAUUCUGGGUUCUUCCGCUGGUGCUGGAACAUCGGACCUACCACACAAAUUAGCUGAGCUCUCAAUGUCUGAAGAUGAAGGAGCUGCUGGCGGGGAAACGUCCUCUUCCAACACAACGGAAAAUCAAGAAACGGAAGGGAAGAGCAUGGAUUCCUAAUAUUUGUGAAAUGCUUGGUUUGUGGAGAUCACCAACAGAUUCCACUCCCAGCUUAUGCAAGACUCUGAAAUACACAAUACUUCAAACAGCUGGCAGACAUGAAUAAGGAGCUGUUGAAGGUUUUCAGUGGUGUUACUUAAUCCAUGAAAUAACAAGUUAUUUGUGUGCUAUAGUCCACAGCCAAUAUCUGCAGAAUGCAUGUCAAGGUUUUAGAUUUGUUUUCAGUCCUGUAACAAAAUCAGUGCCAGCAUAUCCUCUCGGAUACAGUGUAAAUAAUCAAAUGCAACAACCACCCAAAUACUUGCUGCUGUUAGGUUGAUCUCUAGGGGGCUUUUCAGAGGAUAAAUCCAAAACAUUUCCCUUUGUGUUUAACGUGAAACAUUCCUAGCCCUGAUUGAGAGCCGGAGGCGCACUGUACUAAUGUAAAAGAUGUAGGGUUCACUGUGCUGCAGCAACGGAGCUUGACCAAGGCUUUAAAAAAGAAAGCAGAAAAUGAAUCCUGGGAGAUGGGAGCUUCAGAGUGGAGCAGGAGAGUUCAAACUCCAGAAAUAACAAUCCAUUUCUAAAAGCUGUAAAAUGGUAGGGCACUGAUGCAGGAAAGGCAGACUUGCCAGUGUGCUUUUUGUUUUAAGAGGUCCCUAAGAACUCUCCUUGCAGCAUUUCUGUAGCCCAGCCAAAAGGAGCACUAUCUAAAAAUGUAAACAAAUGAAUAACAUGGGAGCGGCCUUAUACCAGACCAGAUUAUUUGCCCAUCUAACUCAGUUAUUGUCUACAUAGACUGGUAGCAGUGUUUAUCAGUGUUUCGGGCAGAGAUAGGGAGACAAUAAAUUGUACAACCCCACAUUCACACAAUGUUUCAGGAAUGGGGAAUGUUGGGCAGGCACCAUGGGGACAAUCUAGUAGGUGCCCAUGGCUCUCAUGCAAGCACAAUUCACACAACAACAGCCAUUGGCUGAUGGGAGCUGUGUUCCACACAGCCGUCACCAUGGCAAUGGGCUGCUCUGAGUACCACAUUUUCCUGGCCAGAGAAUACAGAGUGUUCAGAACAUGGAAGUAUCUCUGAAUCGUACGAAAGGUCUCUGGAUCCCUUGUAACAAUGGCACAAGUGUUGUGCUACUAUCUGGAAAGCCCCUCCUUUCUUCAUUUCUAAGGUAACCUUUUUUCUCUUCCCCCAGCCCUAUCAUUUUUUUAAUUUCUCCAGAAUCCGAGGCUAUAUUAAGCCGUUUAUUUUUGACAUAGUAGGCUGUCUAAUCUUUGGAGGAAAUGGAAUGCCACCUGUCAAUAACCCCAGGAUACCCUUUUGAAGUUUGGACUCUAGAGACGUCCUGGUAUACAGAGGAAAAUGAAAAACCCUCUUUCCUCACUCCUUCAAAAUGUCACAAGGCACUGAGAUCACUUAGGAUUUUAAAAUCCUUUUGAGAGCAUUCUGCGCUGCCCUUUCUCAAAUCUGACUUAUUCAGUGAUCUCAACCUUCUGUGUAUCCAUAAGUUUCUAAAGUGAACUAGUGGCAUUUGUAAUUGAUUUAAACUUUUAUUUCAUUUCAGCAUGAAAAAUGAAAUUGGUUAUCUCUUCAUUUGGUCUUUGUUUGUCUUUUGUCACUCGUGUCCUCACAAGACCCAGGGACGCAAACUUUUCACUUGAGUUAGGAUGUGGGUUUAUUGGCUCAUAACUGAUCCUGUUAAAAUCAACAUUCAAAGCAUUUUCUUUCAAUAUAUAUUUUGCCUGUACCAAAGGAUUGAUUCACGUUUUAUAAUAAAGGUUGUAUUUAAAAUAAA